AUGAGCGGAUCAAAAUCAAAUCAAAACGCUGGUGCAACUUCAAAUAUUCGUCAACCACGGCAACGUAGGGCUACAAACUACCUUCUCAUCUGGGUAGAUGCCAGCAUCGACCAAGCAGACAAGGACUGCCAGAAUACACUGGCUCAUUUGAAGAACGUGGUGAAUGAUGUCAACUUAUGCACUGAACCGAGUCAGUGCAUCCAAACACUCAACAAUGUUGACAAUGAACAAGCCUUUGUGAUUACAUCAGGCUCAUUAGGUCAACAUUUGGUUCCUGAAAUUCAUGGCAUCCCACAGUUAGAUGCUAUUUACAUCUUUUGUAGCAACAAAUCCAGACAUGAAGGAUGGACUCAAAAUUGGAAAAAAAUUAAAGGUAUUCAUACAAAUAUCAAAGAUAUUUGUAAAGCAUUACAACUGGCAGUUAAACAAUGCGACCAAGACACAAUUGCCGUAAGUUUUCUUACGAUAAAUGAAAUGGCUUCAACUGAUAAUUUAAAUCAGUUGGAACCAACUUUCAUGUAUACUCAGCUAUUCAAGGAGAUUCUCCUUGAUAUCAAAUAUGAUCGCAAGGCAAUCAAGGAGUUAGCAGCUUGUUGCCGUGAAGCUUUUGCUGGUAAUUCAGUUGAAUUACAAAUUAUUGAUAAAUUCGAACACAACUAUCAUCCAAAAAACGCGAUAUGGUGGUAUACACGUGAGUGUUUUACUUACAAAAUGCUCAAUCAAGCACUUCGACUUAUGGAUGCCGACAUAAUCAUUAAUAUGGGCUUCUUCCUACGUGAUGUACAUCAACAAAUUCAACAGCUGCAUGAACAACAAGUCAGUAAAUAUGGACGAAAAUCUUUUAUAGUUUAUCGAGGACAAGGUCUUAUGAAAACAGACUUUGAAAAACUUCAGAAAGCAAAAGGUGGACUUAUAUCAUUUAACAAUUUCUUGUCCACCAGUAAAGAUAAAGAAGUGUCGCUCGGAUUUGCUGGACGUGCUGCAUCAAAACAGGAUAUGGUUGGCAUUCUUUUUAUAAUGUCGAUUGAUCCUUGCUUGAAAACAACACCAUUUGCCUCCAUCAAAGAGGUGAGUUAUUUUAAGGAAGAAGAAGAAAUUCUCUUCUCAAUGCACACCGUCUUUCGAGUGAAUGCAAUUAAACAAAUGGACAAUAACAAUCAACUUUAUCAAGUUGAAUUACAAUUAACAUCGGAUGAUGAUCAGCAAUUACGAGUACUUACUGAUCGGAUGCGAAAAGAAGCUGGUGGUGUUGGUGUUGGUGGAUGGGAGAGGUUGGGUAACUUAUUGCUUAAAAUUGGUCAAUUUAAUAAAGCUGAAGAGCUUUAUAAUGUAUUACUCGAACAAACAUCUGAUGAGGGUGAAAAAGCGUAUUAUUAUAAUCAACUGGGAUCUGUACAUUCGGAUCAAGGUGAUUAUGAAACGGCUAUUUGCUAUUUCGAACAAGGACUUGAAAUUUGUGAAAAAACUCUUCCUUCGAAUCAUCCUUCAUUGGCUACUUCAUACAAUAACAUCGGUUUGGUGUAUAAGAACAUGGGAGAGUACUCGAAAGCACUUUCAUAUUACGAAAAAGCACUUGAAAUUGAUCAAAAAACUCUUCCUUCAAAUCAUCCUCAUUUGGCUGUUUCAUACAACAACAUCGGUAGUGUGUAUAAGAACAUGGGAGAGUACUCAAAAGCACUUUCAUAUCACGAAAAAGCACUUGAAAUUGAACAAAAAACUCUUCCUUCAAAUCAUCCUUCAUUGGCUACUUCAUACAACAACAUCGGUUUGGUGUAUGACAACAUGGGAGAGUACUCAAAAGCACUUUCAUAUCAUGAAAAAGCACUUGAAAUUAAACAAAAAAUUCUUCCUCCAAAUCAUCCUUCGUUGGCUACUUCAUACAACAACAUCGGUAGUGUGUAUGACAGGAAGGGCGAGUACUCAAAAGCACUUUCAUGUUACGAAAAAGCACUUGAAAUUCAACAAAAAACUCUUCCUUCAAAUCAUCCCGAUUUGGCUACUUCAUACAACAACAUCGGCAGUGUGUAUGACAACAUGGGAGAGUACUCGAAAGCACUUUCAUAUUACGAAAAAGCACUUGAGAUUGAUCAAAAAACUCUUCCUUCAAAUCAUCCUUUGUUGGCUAUUUCAUACGGCAACAUCGGUUCGGUGUAUAAAAAGAUGGGAGAGUACUCGAAAGCACUUUCAUAUUACGAAAAAGCACUUGAGAUUGAUCAAAAAACUCUUCCCUCAAAUCAUCCUUCAUUGGCUACUUCAUACAACAACAUCGGUUUGGUGUAUAAGAACAUGGGAGAAUACUCGAAAGCACUUUCAUAUUAUGAACGUGCUCAGGACAUAAACCAGCGUACAUUACCUCCAACUCAUCCUCAUAUAAAAAUUACGAAAGAGAAUAUUGAAAUUGUAAAAAAGAAAUUAUAA